ACUCUUCUUCCCACCUCCCCUCCCAGCGCUGAAAGGUCACGCCCGGACCAGGGCCGGCGGCGGCGGGACCAGCACGGAACCGGGUCCAGUCCAGGCGAGCGUGUGAACGCGCCAUGCGGUGGUUGCGGCAAGGCUGCUGCGCGCUGCCGGUCUUCCUGGUGGUCUGGUCCUCGACCACUUUCAUCGUGUCCUACGUGAUCGCGCUGUUCAGGCGCGACGUGGACGUGCUGUUCCCGUACAUCAGUGACACAGCAGCAAAGCCGCCAGAGAGCUGCAUAUUCGGCUUGAUGACAUUUGUUUCUGCGUGUGCAGGCGUGGCGACCGUCUACGGCAGGUUCAAGUUCGUGGAGAAGCUGAGCGAGGUGGGCGCGGCGACGGCGCUCAACAAGGCGGCGCUGGCGCUGGGGAUGCUGUCGUGCUUGGGGAUGUGCGUGGUGGCCACGUUCCAGGAGACGGCGGUGACGGCGGUCCACGACGUCGGGGCCUUGCUCUUCUUCGUCUCGGGCGUCCUCUACAUCAUCCUGCAGGCCGGCAUCUCCUACCGCGCCUCGCCGGACGGAGCCUCGGCGGCGGUGCGCAGGGCCCGGCUGGCCGUGGCCGUCGUCGCCUCCCUGGCCUUCUUCCCGACCGUCAUUUGCGCCUUUUUCGUCGAGCAAACGGACCUGCACCGAGACACCGCCAGCACGGAUUAUCCGUUCCACGUGGCCAGCGCGGUGUGCGAGUGGAUCGUGGCCUUCAGCUUCAUCUGCUUCUUCCUCACUUACAUCGACGACUUCAAACUGUUUACCGUGCGGGUGAAGGCCGAACUCCUGUAGCGGAACCGCAGCGGCGCGACGGCGGAACUCGAACUUUGGCCUUCCGCUCUUGCGACACCGCGGCGGCGCCUCUUUUGAGGAAAAAAAAAAAAAAAAAGUUACGACAAACGGAUGUAAUCGACCGGCGCUGUCAUCACGUGACGCUGUUCACGCAGCCACUUUAUAUUUUUAUGCCUUUGCCAGCGUGACUGACCGAAAGUCUUUUUAAGUAGUGCACUACGCCCGCUCGACAGUUUUCGACCGACCUCGCACGACCUUCAGGUUCACAACGCGGUCGCCGUUUUGGUUUGGCGAAUUCCAGCAAACGAACCAAACAGGAAUCAUUUCAGCAGCGAUGAUGAGAACGACCAAUUUGGAAAAAAAUACAUAAAAAUCACUGAAAAUGUCCGCCGUCGGCGUGAACAUUUUUUUUUUUUUUUUUUAAUAAAACACGCUGUUAAACAACGACCUCUGGUUACUCCUAACAGUGUAAAAACAGGGCGGUCAUAACAUUUUGAAACGUUAAAAUAUGAGUCCGAACAAAACCAAAAUAAUUUUGCCACAAUUCACGCAUAAAAAUGUAGGGUCAAUGAAAUUUAUAUCAAAUUUGCAAAUUAUACUUCAGAAAUAAGUAAUUUGUUUAUAAAUAUAUAUAUAUAUAUAUAUGAAAGAGAGAGAGAGAGAUCUAAAAAUAUAUAUAAUAAAUAUAAAAGUGAGCGAUAAAAUUCAUGAUCCACAGGGCCAGUGCUACAAAUAGGCCUAAUCGUAUUGUCAAUUAUAUCAUAUUUGAGAAAUGGAUGUCCAACUUACCUUAGUUUGGAUAUGCUCCUGUACAUUUUUUUUUUUUUUGCUCCUCGGCUUCCAUAUUUGAUCAUAUCGGAACGCACAGCACGCAGCACUUUGGCGGGAACGUCCACUUUUUGUUUGUGUUCAGUUGUUGGUCCAGUUUUUGUUCCUAUCUGCAUGGUUACACUUUUUUCAAAGUCUAGAAAAUGUUUUGAUCAAUUUCCCCGGCUCGUUUUGCAAAAGUGACAUUUUCAGCUGAAAAAACUCGGAAUUUUCCGCGAAAAAAAAAUUCUCAUCCCUGUUGAGUGAACCCAUCCAAUAUGGCGGCGUGCCCCGGUUGUAGUCACGUGGUCGAGAACAGUCUAUAGUCGGAAAGUUUAUUUACUGCUUGUGACUCGUGUAUAUAUUAUGUCUAAAUAUCAUUUCACGAGGAAUUCAUCAGUAUUACAAGACCAAAUGCCAUCCAUCAUGUGCCUAAAUGUGUCAAUUUUUUUUUUUGAGGGGGGGAGGGAACGACAUUUCAAAGGAUAUUUUUUGAGUCAACACUGUCGAAGCAGCAAUAAGGACACAUUUUACAAUGUAUUGAAAAAAAAUAAUAUGUAUACACAGGCUUUGUGUCUACUGUGAUCGAAAUGCAUUUUUUAAAGUGUUUUGUCAGAAUCCUGCUUUUUUUUUGUGUCGCUGUAAAAAAAAAACGGAUAAAAAUUUGAAUCACUUGCACAACUUUGGAACUUUGUGGGUCCGUUCGUAAAUAUUAGGGAUUAAUUUCACACAACAGCCUGUGACAGAACUCUCACAAAUUGCAAAUAAACAUGCAAACAUGGUCGUUGUCGCCCUCUAGCGGCACAUAAAAGAUUGUAUCAUUUCAGUGUAUAUUUUUAAAUAUAUCUUGUAAAAGUUUUGUAUAAAGAUAGAAAAUGAAUUGAUUGAACCGAUUUUAUAAAACGUAAAUCAUAUAAGAACUCUCACGAAUUGCUUAUAAACAUGCAAACAUGUUCGUUGUCGCCCUCUAGCGGCAUAUAAAAGAUUAUAUCAUUUCAGUGUAUAUUUUUAAAUAUAUCUUGUAAAAGUUUUGUAUAAAGGUACAACAUGAAUUGAUGAAUCGUACCCAUUUUACAAAACGAAAAUCAUAUGAGCGUCACUUGAAUGCUGUCUCCUUAUUUUGUCCAUUAAAAGCAAAACUGAAU